UUAAGUGGGGCGUUGGGCUUUAUUUUUCUGGGUUUCUCCGCAAAAAACCAGCAUUUUCCCUUAGCCUACAUAAUGUUCUCCAAAUCAGCUUCUGUCUUCUUGCGGUCUUCUGCGGCAGGUUUGUCGACAUUUUUGUAUAGGUUACAUGAUGUGUUGCUAGACUGACCCCGUUUUCUGUUGCAUUUAGCCGCUCGUCGUUCCUUUGCCAGCGGUUAUGAAUCGACUGCCAAGAACUUGAUGAUCAACAAGAACACCAAGGUCAUCUGCCAGGGCUUCACCGGUAAGCAGGGUACUUUCCACUCCCAGCAAGCCAUUGAAUACGGCACCAACAUGGUCGGUGGUGUUUCUCCCAAGAAGGCUGGUCAGACCCACUUGGGUCUUCCUGUCUUUGGCUCCGUUCGCGAGGCCAUGCAAGAGACCAAGGCAGAUGCCAGUGUUAUCUACGUUCCUCCUCCUGGCGCCGCUGCUGCCAUCUUGGACGCCAUUGAGAACGAAGUGCCUCUUAUUGUUGCCAUCACUGAAGGUAUUCCCCAGCACGAUAUGGUCAAGGUCAAGCAGGCUUUGAUGACUCAGGACAAAUCCCGUCUUGUCGGUCCCAACUGCCCCGGUAUGAUUUCCGCCGAACAGUGCAAGAUCGGUAUCAUGCCUGGCCACAUUCUCAAGCGCGGUAAGGUCGGUAUUGUAUCCCGUUCCGGUACCUUGACCUAUGAAGCUGUCAACCAGACCACCGAAACUGGUUUGGGUCAAACCCUCUGCGUCGGUAUUGGUGGUGAUCCCUUGAACGGUACCAACUUCAUUGACUGUCUUCGCGUCUUCUUGGAUGAUCCCGAAACCGAAGGUAUCAUCAUGAUUGGUGAAAUCGGUGGUACUGCCGAAGAAGAGGCUGCUGACUUCUUGACCCAAUACAACUUGACUCGCGAAAACCCCAAGCCUGUCGUUUCCUUCAUUGCUGGUUUGACUGCUCCUCCUGGCCGUAGAAUGGGGUGGUGCACAGGACAAGAUCAAGGCUUUGGAACGAGCCGGUGUUAUCGUCACACCUUCUCCUGCCAAGUUGGGUGUUGAGCUUAAGAAGGCUAUGGAAGCUGCUGGUUUGG